CGAAAAAAGAGAAAUGGUAAAUGAGUUCGUGAUAAGAGUAAAACAGUCAAAGCAUGAUUAAGCGUCUUAUCCUGGCAUUUAGAAGUUCAUUAAUGCAUUUGCAGAUUAUCUAAGGAUUUGACUUGUGAGGAAUAAAGUGGUGAUUCAUUGAUGACAUCCAAUUCCAACUCCUCCAUCAACGUGUUUAGGGCGCUGCCCACAACCACCAACCACUUCGCAACCACCGCCGCCGUCACUCUCCGCCUCGGCGACGCCCUACGCCGCCGCUUUCUCCUCCGCUCCUCCCUUAAGAAACUUUCUAUUCUUAGCGGUGUGCCUCAUUUGGAGGAUGUCUGUCACGAAAGGGCCCUUCAGCUUGCAGGUUUUAAUUGUCUCCAAUGGUCAUUCAAUGCCUUAUCUGGGACACUCUCGAGCUUAAGUUUCUUCAAUGGAGAUAAAAGUGGAAGUAAUUCUAAAAACCUGGGGAAGCCACAAUCAAGGACACCAAGAAGAGACUUCUUUGAUGGAAGGCAAUGGACUAAUAUCCUUCUUGCUGCUAAUGUGUUAGUUUAUAUUGCACAAUAUGCAUCAGAUGGCAACCUCAUGUUUCUGGGUGCCAAGAUUAAUAGUCUCAUUAGUAAAGGGCAGUUAUGGAGGCUAGUCACGUCUUCCUUUCUGCAUGCGAAUAUUGGGCAUCUGCUGGUCAAUUGCUAUUCUUUAAACUCAAUUGGGCCUACUGUUGAGAAUAUAUGUGGUCCUAAAAGAUAUCUAACAAUAUACAUCAGCUCAGCAAUAGCAAGUGCAUCCAUGAGCUAUUGGUUCUGUAAAGCACCAGCAGUGGGUGCUUCAGGAGCUAUAUUUGGAUUGGUUGGAUCCUUUGCUAUGUUUGUCCUGAGGCACAGGGGCAUGGUCAAAGGCACUGAAAAUGAUCUGAAACAUAUUGCACAAGUGAUUGCUAUAAACAUGACAAUUGGGUUGCUGUCUCAGGGCAUUGAUAACUGGGGACAUGCUGGAGGGUUGCUAGGCGGGGUUGCGGUGUCUUGGCUUCUUGGUCCUUCCUGGGAGCUUCAGUCCGUUGCCCGUGAUGGCAGGAGAAAUUUCGAGGAUAAGGCACCCAUUUUUUACUUAAUGAGGAGGCGUCCUAAGUAAGCUGAGCAUUUCUCAACCAUAUUGGAAUUUGGAAUGGUGAGGAUUUCUGUAAACUUGCAGUAAAUCUUACACCUGAACCUAAAUCUAGCACUUGUCUGACUAUACCAACUGAUGUAUCUCACUUUAUAGUUCAGAAAAUUGGCAUAUUAUAGCACUAGACACCGAAUUUCUGCGUUGACGUCUAAAGUGGGUAUCGAUGUGAAUUACUUGUAUCGUUA